AUUAGUUAGACUGCGUUUGGACGUCGUAAUUCACGCAAACGCGGAAGCGACGGCUUCCACGGUGUUUUGUACACAGUGGAUGUGUGGUGUUGUGCUUGACAGUCGGAAUCGUAAGUUCAUUUGUCUCUGGAUUUGGACGCUCUUGAGACGCAUGCAGCCCGGUGUGCCAUGAUUCCCAUAGCGGUGGUGGUGUGUGUGAUGGGCGGGUGGUGUACAGUGUAUCUGGCGGACACGCUGCUGCGGUCAUCCAGUUCGGUGAAGAACCGCUAUGAAUCCUGGUUAUCCUCGAAUGGAUUCACUCUCUCUCCAUUCCACAUUAAAUGGCGCACCGGCAUCUUCAACCGUCUGUUUGCCAGAUGUGCUCAUCUCAACCCUCGCUUUCUCUACAUCUGGUUCAGUGCUGGAAUGGUGUUCGGGGUUCUGGCGAUGUUUGGGUCUGUGGUUCUUCUUACCAAAACAUUGCUGCAGACUUUGAGUCAGAUGAUGGCAGAGACACCAGAAGGGUCACACGAACAGGUCUUGCAAGUGGUGGUGCCUGGUGUGAACCUUCCUGUCAGUCAGCUGGCCUAUUUUUUCAUCGCUAUCUUGGUUAGCGGAGUCAUACAUGAGUUUGGCCAUGGGGUGGCAGCACUAAGGGAGCAGGUGAGGUUGAAUGGUUUUGGCAUGUUCAUGUUUGUGAUUUAUCCUGGAGCAUUUGUGGACCUCUUCACCACACAUCUGAAUCUCAUCUCUCCAGUCCAGCAGCUCAGAAUAUUCUGUGCCGGUGUAUGGCACAACUUCAUGCUGUGUGUUGUGGCCCUCAGCUUCCUGUUCCUGCUGCCCAUCUUCAUGUUUCCCUUCUAUUACACUGGAGCAGGGGCGCUUGUCAUUGAGGUGGUGGAGGGCUCCCCAUCAAGUGGACCUUGUGGGCUGUUUCUAGGAGAUCUGGUUACCCAGCUGGAGGACUGUACUGUCUGGGGAGUGCAGGACUGGCACAACUGCAUUCAGCAUCUAUCCCAUAAUCCUCAGACGGGAUACUGCGUUCACACUGCAAAGCUGCAGCUCAGUUGGACGGCUGGAAGGGCAUUCAAGCGUCUCGAUGGCACUAUGGAGUGCUGUGGGAACAACAGCUUGACAGAUCUCUGCUUCUCUUAUAGUAAUAAUGUGGAGAGCAAAUUGUUUGCCUGCCUGCCGGUCAGAAAAACCAUUGAAGCGAGCCGUACAUGCCGUACAAACACAGACUGUCAAACAGACUUCAUCCCAAGCCUGUGUUUAAUCCCGUCUCUGGAGAACCAGACCAGACUGAUUCGGGUCAAACACCCGCCGCAAACAGACAUGCUGUUUGUUGGCUACCCUUCACACCUACAGUAUUCAGUGAGUCUCACCAACUUCGUUCCUCGUUUGGGCUUUCUUCAUCCAGAUCUGCCUGUCAUGCUGGAGACUUUCUGCAAAUAUCUGGUCUCAUUAUCGGGGGCCCUGGUGGUGGUAAACGCUGUCCCGUGUUUUGCGCUGGAUGGCCAGUGGAUGCUCACAGCGUUCCUAGAAGCUACAUUGAGCUCUGUGAUCCCAGAGAGGAACAACCGAGAGCUGAUUGGCUUCUUUUUUCUGCUGGGGGGCAGUGCCCUUCUAGCGGCCAAUGUUGCUCUGGGUCUGUGGAUGGUCACAGCACGAUAACAUACAGCCAUCUCCUCCAAUCAGACUGUUUGGGGGAAAUUGCUGUCUGAAGAACCUUCUUGAACUAAUAGAGGAGUCAGUCGACUGGGUGGUUUUACCUUUGCUGGUAAUUGCCAGAAUGCCCACCCUGAGAGGGCGGCCAGAGGGUUUAGAUUGCUGCUGUACUCGAGAAAACUCUUAAUCAAUGUGUUUUUAGGUUUGAAUGGCUCCGUUAUAAGCAGUAAAAUAGUCUUGAAGCUGCAUGAUUUACACAGUGACCUCAGGACAGUGCCAACAGUGCCCUCUUUGAUAAAUACAUGAUCACAUUGUGUCAAAAAUGUUUAUGUAAACCCAGAAAUCACACUAUACAUAGAGGAUUUGUGGGCAUUACUUGCCUGUUUGGCCUCUGUCUUCCUGAAGUACAUAGUCACACAUAGUAUGUGUAGUUUAUAAUUGGAGUGUCUGUAAUUCAGUUUUCCGCACACCAGCUCAACCCAAACAUUUACAAGUGUACUACAUAAAUAAAGCCAAUAAAAAGACUUUAUUGACCCCAGGUGAGAAAUUUGGGAAGCAAGUAAAAACAUAAAACAGGUGCACUGAGUAAUCUAUAAUAAUUUUGAAAAAUACGUUUAAAGUCGUGUAUACUUGCAUUGUAAUGAAGAAUUGAAUCAUUGAAGUACAAAUGGUGACAACUUUAGACCACAGAACCAGCCAAAUGUUUUAUUUUAACCCAAUGCUAAAAAUCAUUUGUAUGAUGGCAUCUGACUGUAACUGAAAAUGUUUGCUGUUGCAUGAUGCUGCAUCCACACCACUAGGUUUCAGUAUACUGUUCAAGAUGGUUGCCAUCAACUAGAGUAGCAUCAACCAAAAAACUGAGUGCACCUUAAAAACAAUGUAAACUGAAAAUGAAAUGCAUACAAUGUGAACCAACAACUAACCACAUUUGUAUAUAUAGGGGACUGGACACAGCAUGAAACUGUACACUACUGCAGUAUUAUUGAACUAUAGAGUUUAGCUUUAGUUGCUAAGUAGGAGAUCAAAUGGCUAAUCUGAUUCAUUUUAUACAGAGUUGUAUGUUCUGGAACAACUGUGAAAUGUUCAUGAUGAUAACAUGCUCUGAUGUGCAUGGGAAGCGUUCAUAUCGUUUAUUAUCUGCAUACUGUGAAUAUUUUCCCCAACGAUUAGCCUGUGGGUUGAAAAUGCACUCAAAUAGAAAUUAUUUGUUUUUAAGGUACCAUUGUACAUAUGUUAAUAA